CUCCUUAGCAACCAAAAUGCUAUAUUGUUUUGGUGCCAAAAAUUUCAAAAAAUUUGCAAACUUUUAAUCUAAAACUUUAUUUUUUGAACCGCUACGGGAACAAGAAAUUCACCUUUUAAAGUCAUGAAGGCUGCUGGACAUGUAAAUGUUGCAUCUCUUUACGUAAAUGGACCAGGAUUUAGGUAGCCGAAAUGCUACUCGUCAAGGACGACACGAAAUUAGUCCGAAGCCCGUAAAGAAAUCCUUGACAAGCAGUUCAAGAAAGCGAAGUAGUUCUCAGGUAGUCAGGUUUGACUUUCUUAUAGUAUAUCGAAGUGUGGUGCCACAUUCGUUUGCAGCACGCUGGUACCAGGUUGAGCGGUUGAGUUUACCCCCUCCUGGCCUGAUACAAGUUUGUUUACAAAUUACAAAUAAAUAUAUAGUAACACACUGACAGUACUGACCAUUAAUAUACUGACUAUUGUGUUAAAAACAAGGUCCGAUCAUGGAAUAGAGAAAUUGCAGAAGGCCGAUUUCUUCGUUUUGCCUGUGAUAUUGGCAUAACUGUUGCAAUGCAGCCAAUGCUAUCGCUAUGUUCCUAGCCAGUGGGGGCCUGAGUGCCUCGACUAGCUAAAUAGAGAACUGACUUUUUGAUACAUUUAAUCUAUAAUAAUAAGACAACCUUGGAGGUUUCUGGAAUCUCACGGUUUUUCACAAAAUCUCACGACUUUGUAAAAAUAUGCAACUCACAAUUUCUGCCACUCUGAGGUUGGCAGGUCUGCUUUAGUGCCCCCCCCUCAUAGGUAGCUUCCCUGAAAUUAGUGGCCGACAAAAUAACACCCCUAAAUGUUAGCACCAUAGAAAUAAUAGAUAUCUAUUAUUUCUAUGAUUAGUACCCUCCCCUCCAAAGUACCCCUGCCCCACCUUGCAAAUGAAUGCACCCCCCUCCCCCGAAGUAGCUGCCCGUCAUACCAUUGAUCAUCACAUGAUUAUCAGAUCUUUUCAAAGGUUAUCAAAUUAAACCUUUAGAAUGAAAAAUAGAACAUAAAAUUAAAAUUAUAACAUCUGUACAUUUUAGCAGCAGCCAGGAAGAUAUCUAUGUGUUGACACAAGAAAAGAUCAAGUAUUUGCACCAAAACUUCGACCAAAUUCAAGUUAUGCACGUAAUUGUUCUGCUCCAAACACCAGAUCAAAACAUUUCAACAAAGAUGUGCAACAUAAUGUACCAAUAAAGAAGAGUUUGAGAACUGUACAAAAUAGGGUUAGUACAUGAACAACUGCAUUUUGGUAGUUUGGUGUUAAGAAUUCUUUCUUGGUAUAUAUAGUGACAUUGGUAUAAAUGCACAAAAAACCAGAUCAAUUAAAUAAUUAGUUCAUGUUCCUUUAAUAAGUUUUUAGACGUUCUCUGGUUUUUAAAUAUUUAUUAUUACGAGCUUUUGACUACCAGUCUGCAGUCUUCAACAGGUGGAUUACUGGCAGUCGAAAGCUCAUAAUAAUAAAUAUUUAAAAACCAGAGAACGUCUAAAAACUUAUUAUGAAUAAACAGAAUAAUCCUGGUUUUGCUUCAAACAUAUUUAAAUCAUGUUCCUUUAUCAUAUGCAAAUGAGAUCUGACAAAUAGUUCAUUACUAGUCAUUGAGUGACAGCACUCUCCCUUGAGUAAAAUUGUCUGGCAUUAUACAGAGUCUGUAUAAUGCCAGAUUACAGAGUGAAAUAUUAAACAAUUAUUGAAGGAGGUUGAGUAUGAUAUUGAGAAUUACCAAGACCUGAAGGCUUGUGUUAUCCACUGAAACAGAGAAGGCUGAGAAAAAAAACAAAUUCAAUAUUUGUUUUAUUAUAUAUUCAAAAGCUAUAUAUAUAUAUAUUCAUUUUGUUUAUGCUUUUAAAAAUGUGGAAUUUUUCGUGCGCUUUUUAGCAAACAAUGGACCACGCCGGGGGCUUGGUAAUCACAGCGUGCAUUACUAUUUUUUUGGACUGAACUUCGGUCCAAAAAAGUAUUAAUAUUGCACGCUGAUGGCGUCAGCAGCUGAAAUAACGCGACGGCUUCAAGAUACCGAGAAUCAUCCGACGCGUUUUGACCAGUCACGAACGAGAAUAGACUUUGAAUAUAUAAUAAAAUCUGCUCUUGGACACAGUAAAAUAAUAAAGUAUGGCGCAUCCCCAGUCUUAAAGGCUUAGGGGCUAACGGGAAUUACAGGAUGCAUGCAUGAGUAGAUUCAAGCUUUCGUUGUUAGGGAUGCAACUGCUAUGAACUACCUGAAAAAUAUAAGGAGAAUUACGACGUUUCGAGCGAAGGCCCUUUGUCUGAAGUUUAUACUGCACGUCGAAAUUCUCCUUAUAUUUUUCAGGUAGUUGUGUCCCUGUUACUAUUGGCACUACCUAAACUGGCAUAGUGGCACAGGCAGUGCAUUCAGAGUAGAUAGUCUGAUUAUGGACUAACCCAUUGAGUGACAGCAAUCUCCCCUCAAGUGGCGAGUAAAAUUGUCUGGUAUAAAGCAGGGCUCAAAAUAACGGCCGGUCACUGGACAUUCACAAUGAACGGCCAAAAAUGCCUCUUGACCGGUCACUUUUUUACCUCAUGCCUUCCAAUGGCAAUGUGAUUGCUGACGUCUUGAAUUACAACAUGAAACUAUGAUGUAUCGAAACAAUUUUCUAAUAGUUUGUUUCACUGUUAGUGUAAGCGUUAUUUUGAGCCCUGGUGGGGCUGGGUAAUUAAUCCAGUUUUAUUCAUUAGUUAUUUAAGUAGUUUAAAUUGUUUGAUACAUUUGCUAAGGAAUUAUUGCCUCUUAUUGGCUCCUCUUUCUAGACUGUUCAACCUGACAGCCACUGCAAAUUCAAGACGACUUUAGCAAUAGAAUAUGUUCGGGAUAUUUUAGAAGAAAAAGCGACUAAUUCUCGUCCUAUAAGCCGUCGAAACAGUUUGAAGAAAAAUGGACAGCUGAAACCACUUCUUAGCGCAGGACAGCUCGCGUUGGGACCAAACGUUACAAAAUGUUUGGGUAUACAAAACGGUAAUACGGCCAGAAGUGGCACGAUUUUACUAGAGGUUUCAAUGAACUUUGGUUGCAGUAACGUGUUACGUUGAAUAUUAUCAUUAAAUUAUCCCAUUUAAGUCCUAUUUGCACUCAAGAAAAAUUUCCAAAAAUAUCAUUGCUCCGUAUGUAAGCCUUUGUUUACAUUUUUGUGUCCAAAAUAUUGAGCUUUAUUCGACAACUAUUUAUAUUUUCAAGCUUCUAGAGUAUAGUAAAUUAUCAAGAAACAAUAAUCAGGCUUUUCAAGAACCCAAAACAUAGUUAAACUGUUUGUAUCAUAAAAAGUGGGCUCCUUUGUGCACAUGCGCAGAUCGGACUGUAGAUCACCUUUAAAGUUGAAGAUUUUUCAACUUCAAAAUUUUUUUUCAGACGGAAAAUUUGUGUCGGCCAAUCACAUUUUACAAAACUUUCUUUCUGCGGAAAAAUCCCUCUGGCUCUAUAACCACAGGAGCCUGACUAUGUCCUGUUAUUUAAAUAUAUCAAUAAAUAUCAAUACAAACAUAUAUCCAUAUAAUCUCCACAACCAAGGAACACGCUAGGCGAGUAAUGUUUAUACAGUUAUAUCCAUCAGUGGGUUUUUGAAUGUAAAAACUGAACUCUGGCCAUUAUUGGUAAUUAUUAUAGAUCAGUUUCCCAUGUGGUAAAUAAGUUUAAAUUUUUCCUGUGCGUACAACCAUCCUUGGUUCUAUGAUGGAUUUUUGUACCUAACCCGGCCUGACCCUAACCAUAAGGACAUUAAUUAGCUCCCUCAUUAAAUCGAGCUUCAUAAUUUCGAUAUCACAAAAACUUCAUGCAUCCAACAACUGUUUAAUAUGAAACUUGUUUUAGAUCGGCAAAAGAAGACUGUUACACUAGACGAUGGCUUCGAAGUUCGAGAAGAAGUGAUCACUCCAGACAUAGCAAGAUUUUCAUCUGCAACUAAACACAUUUCACAGAAUACUCUGACAGUCGACUUGCGUAAACUCUCGCUUGCUGAUCAGAGUGAAACAAUGGCGUCGGAGAGUAGCCUGGUUUAUGAAGAACGACGACGAGAAACUGGCUCUCAGGGGGAAAUGAAAAAUCCGAAAAGUAUUUUAAUAUAUUGUAAAAAUAGUGAUCUAAGUCAACAUGAUAAUGACUUAAACACUGAUAACAGACAUUGGUCAGAUUUUUCACAUAAUGACACUAUUGAUGAUAAUGAUCAAGAUAUUGAAGACAUAAUCGAGCAUGAUGUUGAUUCAACCAGUCGUCAACUUGAUUAUGAUCGAUAUAAUCAGAAAAUUGAUGGAACUGACUAUCUUCAUAAUAUUCGUGAUGGCUCUUCUGUGAAACAUCAAGGAGAUGCUAGUUACUAUGAUUAUAUCGAUGAUGAGAAUAUUAAUCAUGAUUAUAUCGGUGAUGAUUGUGAUGAUCUCGUCUCAGAUAAAGCCACUCUAAAUCAGCGAUCAUAUCGGGGUGUAAAGACACUUAAUGAAGAAGGUAAUGGUAUUUUUGAAGGUUUUCAGGAUACGAAUAUAAUUGGCAAUAAUAAUCAUAAAACAGGUCAUCAUGGUUAUGUCAGGAGAAAUCUGACUGGUGGUGAGAAUAGUCUCACAUGGAAUGAAGAAUCUAAUCCAAAGGUACUGGAAGAAAAAUUCUCAAAACCAGAACAUGAAGAACCAUGUUCUGAACGCCUGACCGACUCUCGUAAUGCAAAUACACUUUCAUCUAAACCAACUAUCCCCUGUCGGGAUUGCAAAACAAUUGAAGAAAAUGACAGGAUCCAUCAGGAAUCUAAUCUAAGGCAUUCGAACAUCGACGAAUUACGACAGAAUCUGGGUGUUAGACCUCCAUCCAAUUCUAGUAAUUCAACUGCAAAUUCACUUAACCAAAGUAGCCCAGACCAAGACAGCAUACAAGUUAAAGACAUUUGGAAAGCUCUAGUCGAUGGCGGUUAUGAUAUUUCCAGAGAGGACGUGUCAAAAUAUAAAAUUAAUUCUACAAAACCUAGAAUAAAGUCCGCUCCGGCUCGGAGAAGAUGCUCGCAGAAUGUAAAUACUUCCGUAAGAGAUGUUCCAACCCGCGCGAAAUCUGCAAUGAAUAGAAAUGACGAGGAGAAGUCAAGGAAGAAAUGUUUUGCAGAUUUGAAUGGGGAGGACGAUUCUGAGACAACUGUGAAAAAUCCCAAAGUUGGAGUUUUUCUGCAAGAGCAUGCAUCGGGAACAAAGGUACAGGAUCAGGAUGUGUUCACAUUGCAUGUUUGUUCCCAUUUGUUGUGACAAGUCUGGAACAAAUUGGUAUCACUUUGUUACAAGGUUGAUGAAGGCAACUGAAUUGCUACGAGUGAUCCAACAAGACUAAUACAGGCUGUUCGUAACAAGUCACUACGAGCUCGUUCUCAUCAACUUGUUAACAACUUGUUACGUGCACACUAGAGCUGUGCGGUUAACCGAAAAAUUCGAUUCUUCCGGUACUUUUUCAGCACCGAAAAUUUAUACGCAAAAGAACCGGUAGUUUUGGUUUUAAUUUCCCUUUUAACGCCCGCUAGACGCCCACCUGAUUGUAGGUUGAAAUGUUUGGAAAAUAACAAGAUUGUCCUCUUUAUGCGCAAUAUGCACUGUACUAAGUGCUCAAAUAGUUGAUAUUUUAGUUGUGAUAGUUAUUGUUGUGAACUUGCUUUAAAUUUCUUUAAAAACUAAGAAAUAUUUCAUUUUCAUAAAUAAAUAACCAAUUGUUCUUUUAAAAUAUUUAGAGAUUUAUACAAACUUACAAAGGCAUAAAUUCAUCUAUUUAGUAAAAAUGCUCGAAACAUACAUAAAUGAGUUCAUACAUUUGUACUGUUCUUCUUUUUUGAAAAUAACCGAAACCGAACCGAACAGAGGUUUUUUUGUUCCAAAAGAACCGAAACCGGAACCGAGAUAAAAUUUUUGGAACCGCACAGUCCUAGUGCACACGACAUCAGACUUGUUGGAACAACUUGUUGCGAGGUUGAUCACAUCAACCUUGUUACAAGAUGAUAACAACUUGUUCCAGACUUAGCUGGGAGCAAGCAGUGCGAAUACAUCUUGUCACAAGCUAUGAGAUUUUACGCGUGUAGGAUACAGAAGAUAAUAGAGAUGGAUUAAAAAAAUACUUUUUUUUUUCAACUGCGGAUUUUACUCGAAAUUAAUUUCAUAUAUAAGAAAAAGUAUAUGGUAAUUUAAACUAUGAAAUAUGUGUUAAAAACCAAGGGCUUGCAAGUUAAAGUGCCACUGUCUCCAAAUAUGAUUUUUUGUAUGUGUAAUAUUUGGGUAAUUUUAAAAAUAACUGUAAUAUAUCUUUAUAGUAAAAAACCUCAUCUUCCAUGAUCAACUUUUUUACUGUAAAACUUCCCAGAUCCGUAUCUGGAAAGUUUUACAGUGAAAAAGUUGAUCAUUCUGUCAUUAGAUAAAUUGCAAAUUAGUUUCCCUUUGCGAAACAGCGCAUGGACGUUUCAAAGUAUGAGAAUUAAAAAAUUGAAUGUCUUAUCCUUGUAGGUCAAACGAAGUCAGGAAUCGUUCUCUAAUGACCAAAACAGUCUGGAAGUUGUAGCUGUCAGCAAACCAGUGACGAAAUUAUUAAGGUACAUAUUAUCUCUACCACAAGGUGUUUUUGCAGCCGUUUUUUAGCUCACUGAUAGGUUUUUGUACGAUCCCAGUUACACGAGACUGGGUUGGCUUGUAACGGCAUCGAAUUAAAGUUGCGGUACAACCGCCGUGCCCAUGUCAUCUCCAGCUCGAUACAGUCUAAUUAGAUUCUAUAUGUUCUUGUAAGCCUAAUUCAUGUUACCCUGAUGAUUUAUCAUACUCUGAGAUUGUAGCACUUUUUUUUUAUGGAACUGUUCAAUCUCUUAUGACUAUUUUAGGAAGAGGAAUGUCCCAUUUGUACCUCCGUUAAAUUUUCAAAUCAACACCAUACCGAAAUCUGGCCACUUCUUUUACUUCGCUUAUGGCCUGAACAUGAAUCAGAAGAGGUAAUAAAUAAGAUAUAAAGCAGCUCUUCAUGGCUGUACUUCUAGCUAUGUUUUACAUGUAUGGGCAAAUGUGAUUCCUUUCAUUGUUAUUCAAUUUUUUCAUUCAUUCAUUCCUUACUCUCUUUUCUCCCAGACUUGAAAUUCAACUAAGAUGCCAGACUGGCGUUCGUCAUUGGGGUUUGUUGUUUGGUUUCAGACUACUCUUCAAUAAGAAAGGUAAGUCAUGUUUCACUAAUUUCGAUUACAAGAUUUUCUUCCAGCUCUAAAGCAUUCCUCCGCUACAUACGUAAAGACGCACGCGUUGUAACAAACCUGCAGCAGAUUUGUAGCAAUGCUGUUCGAACAACUUGUCAACAUAAUGUGUUCACACCGCUUGUUCCCAGCUUGUUGACAAGUUGUCAAUGGCUUAUUGACAACUUGCUAGAAGGUUGUUGAGCUCAACAGACUUGUUGCAGGUUGUUCCAACAACUUGUUAUCGUUGUCUUGCAAUUCAACAAUUUGUCGACAAGUUGUGAGUGACAACCUUUUAGCAACUUGAUAAAAUAACAGCAUUGUUACAACUUGUUGACAAGCUUGCUACAAGCCUGUUGCGAACACAUCUUGUUGACAAGUUGUGAGAUUUUUAUAUGUGUACACAUUAAAUGUUUUGCCUUUAUCUAUUCAUUAUUUGUAGGUACAGCUGAAGGUGGUGUAGGAUUUCCAAACAUAGUUCAUGAACCAGGAUUUUCGGUCGAAGGAUGUGUUUAUGAAUUAUCAUUGGACUGCCUUCCUCUUCUGGACACCUGUGUUGGUUUUCCAAAGGUAUAUAUGUAGCAGGAAAUGCAAUCCAGCUCCCCCCCCCCCGUUAUUUAUCCACCUAACAUAAUCUGGUUAAUUUAACUUCCCGGGGGGGCGGUUGUUCAAAGCACCGAUUAGCGCUAACCCAGGGUUUAAAUUAAACUCAUUGUUUUGGUUUAUUAUUAUUAUUUCUCAUUAGCGAAACUCGCCUCUAUACAUCUUUUUUUAGCAUUAUUCAAGAUUGGUUGUACCAGUAUGGAUGUGUAAUAGUUUAAAUGCUGAUGAACUUGGAGUAGCUCAACACUGUGUGCCUGCUGUAGUUUAUAUUGCACAAGAUGACUGGGUUUCAACAGGUAUAUCUCAAACUCACUAAUAAUUCGUGAGUAAAUUAGCCAACCAUAUUGCUUUAUUUUGCUCACAUGAUAAUACUGGAUACCUGGUGAAGUAUAUUGAUUCAGUCCUAGGACUGGAUCAAAAUUAAUUCACCUCACCUUUAAGUAGUAAUAUAUUCGUAUGAGAUGUAAUUUCAAAUACUCCAAUUCGGACUGGCAAGAUUUCAAGUCCUUGCAUUUUGAUCCAGUCCUCGGAAUUGCGCGGACUUGAAAUCCAGUCCAGUCUUCACACCCACCCACCCCUGGCCAAAACCUUUACAAAAAGAAUACAAUUCAGUUGUCACACAUGUCCUUUACCACUUAAUUCUGUGACAUGAGUUUGAUAACUGCUUGUGCAAUUUUCUGCAGUCUAAAGUUUGAUGUUGUCUGCAUAUGUACUUUAUUUGGAGACACCUUUUGCUUGACAAAUCGGAAAAUGAUCAAGAUAGUGAUUCUGAUUGAUUCACAUGUUGUAUUGACAUGUGAUCAUGACUGUUGACAUUGCUUUUUAGUCUUCAAUAUUUGAGUGAGUCAUGCUUUGGAAAGGGUGCACACAAACUGCGAGGCAGCGAGGCAAUGGCAAGCCCGCGAGGUAUACGAGGCAUGCGACUGAUUUGAGGAAGGCUGGGAUGCAAUCUCGCGAGUACUGACGGGCCUUUUUUUCUACUGCCCUUGGACCGGUUUCCCUUGGUUUGAAUGCAUUUCCAAAUUACCCAGAAAUUCGUUUAUAAAACCUUAUCGAGUUUGUAUGAACGUAGUUUUUCAAUUGACAGAUGAACAACGCAAAAUAGUUAAUAUUCCAUAAUUUUUAGUGAAGCUAGCUUGUCACUUGUUGAGCUAUUGUCUAGGUUAAUGUUUACUUGUUGACGUUUUGACUGGAGACUCCAGUUAUUUAAAAACUCUAGUUAUUUAAAACUAUAAUGUAUAGAAAGAACUGUUAUUAAAACUAGAAUGUCGUUCACAGUUGUCCGUUUAUCCAGCGUCAAGUUAAGUAUAUAUAAGUUCUUUGAAUGUUUAAGUAUAUAUGUUCAAUAUGUUAAAUAUCGUCAAAUUUUGGAAUCCGUCAUUGUGUCUGCCUCCCACUGGCACAUCUGCCUGACUCGCACUUUUUUUCAUGCCUCGCACUUCUGCCUCGCAUGCCUCGCACUUUUUUUCAUGCCUCGCAUCGUGCCUCGCUGCCUCGCAUCGUGCCUCGCAUGCCUCGCUGCCUCGCACUAUAGUAAAACUCCUUUGGAAAUGACAACCCUCGAGUUGUUUUGUUUUUCAUUUACCCAACCUUUUACUCACUCAAAAUUUUGUUUACCCAAUCCUUUUUCUCUUCGGUACCACCCCCCACCAUAAAUAAUGACUAGUCCCUAACCGACAUUCGAACUUGAACAACCAAAUAGAUAACGCGCGCGUGUUAUUAAUAAAAAAUCAUAUCUUUGAUUCGUUUUUAGAUCCAGCAAUGCUCGACACCUCGUUCACAUUGAAGCAAGUGGUUCUUGGGACAGAUUUGCUGACUUCAAACUAUCAAACGUUUAUAGACAGUUUCAGUCAAAGAACUUCCACAGAUGGAAAUCCAAUGUAA